AUGUCUGGAGUUCCUUGUCGAGACUGUGUGAGUGGCACUUUGUCGGAUAAAACGCCAACAGGAACAGAGACUACAAUACAUGGGCUGCCGACGUACGUCGCUCUCCCAGAGGGAGAGUCAAAAGGAUUGAUCGUCUAUAUUCCUGACGCGUUUGGGUGGAAGUUCAACAACAAUCGUGUUCUCGCCGAUCAGUAUGCAAAGAAGGGCGGGUUCACCGUAUAUCUUCCCGAGGUCAUGGAUGGCCACGCGGUAAACGAAAUGCUUCUUGACCACAUGAGCUUCAUCACAGCGCCGGCAUCCUGGUAUACGACGUUAUUUGAGAAGCCAAUCUACAUACUGCAGUCCAUACAACAUAUGGUCCCAUUUGCGAUCCGUUGCCGAGAGUCAGUGACAAUGCCAAGGGUGUUAGAAUUCGUGAAAGCCCUGAGAACGUCGCCAGAAACCGCGAAUCUCAAAAUUGGCGCCGCUGGAUUCUGCUGGGGCGGGCUGCAUGCUGUUAAGCUUGCACAUGAUACGCCGUCUUCUCGUGUUCACCGAUAUGGAUCCGAAGCUGGGGAGGUGAAGCCGCUGAUAGAUGCUGCCUUCACAGCCCAUCCGAGCAUGCUGAAUGUUCCAACUGAUAUCACUGGAGUCACAGUUCCGCUAUCCAUAGCUGUUGGAGAUGUUGACUUCGUAAUGAAAUUCCCUGAUGUCGAGAAUGCCAAGAGCAUAUUGGAGAAGAAAGGCGACGACCACGAAGUCGUCGUCUAUCCUGGGGCUAAGCAUGGAUUUGCCGUGAGAGGGGACCCAAGGGAUCCUAAGCAGAAGGAACAAGCAGACCAAGCAGAGGAGCAAGCAAUCGGGUGGUUCUCAAAAUGGCUUGCUUAA